AAAAUGGGCAGAUCCAUUUUUCUUCUUCACCUUAUGCUUUCCUCAUUUCUCCUUUUUACUUUCUUCCUGGAAGCUGUUCCUGGCAGCAGAAAGUUAUAUAUUGUAUAUUUGGGAGCUCAUUCUCAUGGUGCCUACCCCACUUCCGUUGAUCUCCAAAUUGCUACCGAUUCUCAUUAUAAUUUAUUGGCUUCAGUCCUGGGGAGUGAAGAGAAAGCGAAAGAAGCAGUUAUUUACUCAUACAACAAACACAUAAAUGGGUUUGCAGCAAUGCUGGAAGAGGAAGAAGCAGCACAUAUCGGCAAAAAGCCGAACGUGGUGUCAGUGUUCUUGAGCAAUAAACAUAAACUGCACACUACCCGUUCAUGGGAAUUUCUUGGACUACACAGAAAUGGUAAGAACUCCGCAUGGCAAAAGGGAAACUUUGGUGAAAAUACAAUAAUCGCAAACAUCGACACUGGUGUUUGGCCAGAGUCAGAGAGCUUCAGUGAUGAAGAAUAUGGUCCCGUUCCCUCCAAAUGGCGUGGUGGUAAUGUCUGUCAAAUUAACAAAUUUUUAAGCAACAAGACAAAUCUAUGCAACAGGUUUUUGUUUUUUGUUUUCCUUCAAUAUAUAUUUACAAGUUCUGAAAUAGCUAGUAAGGACUAA